CCUAAACGUGCGCUCUCCGCGUACAUGUUCUUCAGUCAAGAUUGGAGGGAGAGAAUCAAGACUGAGAACCCAGAUGCUGGUUUCGGCGAGGUCGGCAAACUACUAGGUGCCAAGUGGAAAGAGCUUGAUGAGGAGGACAAGCAGCCUUAUAUCGAGUUGGCCGCCAAGGAUAAGACAAGGGCAGAGGAGGAGAAGGCAUCAAUGGCUACAGUAUGUAUACGUUUGUUCCCUCUGUCAUGA